CGUCUGGAAGGUCACCGGCAACUAUUUAUCUCCUGGUGUGCCUUUCGUGGCGAUUCUAAAAUCCGAUGGCUUGCAAAAAGGCUCUCUACCGGACGGGCGAUGCGAUUUGCGACGAGGUGCUAGGAUUGCUGGAAAAGUACGCCAACGAAACGCUCGCGAAACGGGACAAGUUCCGUGUGGGCCUAUCAGGUGGCUCGUUGGCCGACAUCCUUUGCGAAGGUAUGGCCGACCUUCGGUCGGACUUUAGCAAGUGGCAAAUCUUUUUCUGCGACGAGCGCAUCGUGCCCGUGGCGGAUAAGGAAUCGACGUGGGGCAUCUUCAAGCGGCAGCUACUGACCACCUGCGAUAUCGUGCCCGAGAGUGCCUUCUUCCCGGUGAACUGCGCGCUGGAUGUAGAGGCGGCGGCCACCGAUUACGAGCAAACCAUUCGCCGGACGUUCGGCCUUAGCUCCCCCGAAGAGGUGCCGUCGUUCGAUCUGCUGAUUCUCGGCAUUGGGCCCGACGGCCACACGGUUUCGCUGUUCCCGGAGCACCCGCUGCUGCAGGAGAAAGCGCGACUGAUCGCACCGAUCGCCGACUCGCCGAAGCCACCACCGAAGCGAGUCACCAUGACGCUGCCCUUGAUCAACAACGCCAAGGUGUGUCUGUUCGGUGCGCAAGGCGGCGGAAAAGCGGAAAUCUUGAAGAGAAUCGUGGUCGAUCGAGACCGAUCGCUACCCGCAACGCUGGUGGAUCCCGUGAAGGGUCAGCUGAUUUUCGUGGCGUGCGACGCAGCAGCGGCCCUCAUCGAAGGAGAUCCACUCCGAGGAUGCUAACGCGCUCCGGACACGGAAGCCGCCGGUGCUUGAAGCAUCACAGCCCAGUGCCUUCGCCCGAGCAAGGGGCAGCUCGUUGAUUGUGUGGCUUUCGUUUCCUUGUUCCGGCCGAUCGCCGGUUUUUAUUCCAACUUACACAAUUUAAUAAAUUAAAACUGAUAUUAUACAUCUUAA